UCAAGACUGCUGGGGUCAGUGGGAUGGAGCUGUCCCUCUGGCUCUGCUGUCUCAGGAUGCCCUUCAUCUCCCACAGGCAUUCGCCAUGGGGUUGGAGCCCCUCGGAGGUAUUUGUGCUCUGAGCCUGUCUCUGAUAAGCGAGGCAGGAGGGUCACUGCCAAGGGCAUUGGCUCAGCUCAGCUGCACUAUCCUGGCCAGUCGCUGUGUCCUCCUGCCAGACACUCUCGCUUGGCUGGGGCAUCCCAUACCCACAGAUGGGGGUGGCAGCUGGGCUUCCUUGGACACUUACAACCUGCCCUUGUACUGAGCCUGCAUCAGGCUGCUCUCAAAUACUGCCUGUCCCCUGGAAGCACUGUGGCAGUAGCACAGAAUCAGGACUGCCAGCUCCUUACACCCGUCGCCAAGCUGCCGUGCAGUGCUGGGCUGGGAAUACUACUCCCAAAACACCCUCAGAGUGACUGCUCCCAGGGAGCCAAAGCCUCAGGGUGCUGACACACUCUGGCACAGUGCUGUCCUUGCAUUUGCUCUACAAACCGUGAAGUUUGGAGCAUCUGGGUGCCAGGAGAGUGCUCAGCUCAUCCAUUCUUGCCCCUACUCCUUCUCCCCAUCUGGGGAGAUGGAACCUACGAUGCCUAUGCCUUGGUGAUGCCAGCACCUUGGCAAUGCCAGCAGCUCAGCAGUGCCUGCACUACAGCCCACACCGGCUCAGGACUGCACUGUGUCACUCACAGUCCAAAUGAGCACAUGUCAGCAAAGAGGGGGAGGCUCCACGGGGGAGGACCCCCGGUACUGCGGGUUCCCUUUCUGGCUGAAGCUGCCCCCGUGGCAGGGCAGGGUGCUGGGCGUGGGUGCUGCCACAUUUCCGCCACGCCCAGGACAGCCCCGGGUUUGGUGCUGUGGUUUGCCCACGUGGUCAGCACCCGGGUGGGUGUCGGGGGUGACUCAGCAGCAGGGCCGAGGUGCAGAGCCACCUCUAACCUGGACCUCGAGAGCAAGAAGGCCGCCCCUGCCAAGCUGCCAUGGCAGCAGCCUGUGAAUGUCUUCCUGGCAGCUGGACGCCCACCAGGCAUGGAGCAGCUGCACCAGGAGGCCCAGCUCAACCUCCAGAGCUUGCUGCAAGAGGAGUAUGAGGAGCAGUACACCGAGAGCAGGGUCACCGGGCAGACCUUCCGUGCUGCUGGUCACCUUCCCCCUGAGACAUCCCCUGAACCAUCACCUCGACCCCCCCCUGCCAAGCGCCUUGAGUUUGUGCUUAUGCCCCCAAGCCAGCGAGCGGCCGAAGAGGAGAGCACCAGCAGCACUGUGCUCGAUGCUCGGCCUCCUGACACCUCCCUGAGCCUCCCCACCAGCCCAGACAAGCAGCACCCCUGGCCCAGGGCCUUCCCCCUGCCCCCAGUGGAGGAAAAGCAGUUGCACCAGCCUGGCUCCAUUCACACCAACAUUGUCCCGAUCAAUGUCUCUGGGCAGCACUUUGCUAGGCACGCGAGUGCUCGUCACUCCCUGUUUAACACAGAGACCGCGAUGAACCCAAAGUCCACCCUGCGGCGUAGACGGACCAUUAUUGGAUUCCCUAACCUGUCCCUGCGAGACCAAGGAAGCACCAACGGCCCCACAUCCAGCACGCACACAGCCAUCGCUGAGUCCCUAUCCUGCAGCUUCGUGCCUGAGACCACGAGUCGGGGGACAACGCCCCAGGAGAUCAGCCCUCGUCCACCCCUCUCAGCCCCACUGAGGAAGACCUUCAGUGACCUCGGGGCCCGCUGUUGCCAGCCACCUACUGCCAUGGAUGGGGCAGCCAACCCUUGUGCCAGUGCCUGCAAUGGGACACAGGGCCCUCCUUUUUCCCCACCCUGGAGCCCCCUGGGGUAUGGGAGCCCCCCCAGCCUCACCACUGGCCCAGGCAAGGGGCCCACCUGCACCUCGCCAGGUGGCUCUAUCCCAUCGCCCAGCCCAGGAUCACCUGCCACCUCCACCUCCUUCUUCAUCGCCACAGAAGAGCGCAUGGGCAGCAAUGGGCCCAGCUUCUUCUCUGGCCCAGUGCCUGCCUCCCCCACCAGCUCUGGGUGCAUCCAAGGAGCCAAGGGGAAUUUCUUGCUGGGAAGCCGAGAGGAGCUGGAGCCAGCAGCAGGGCCGGUGCAGCUGGGGGUGGAGCAGGCAGGAUGCCGGUUCCGUGAGCGGUCACUGUCGGUGCCCACUGACUCGGGGUCCCUCUGCUCUGUGGACAUUGCAUACGCCGAGACCCGGCGGGGCAGCACCAACUAUGCCCUGGGCUACCCCAGCGCCAGCUCCGAGGGCAGCACCAGCACUGACAACGUCUCCCUGGGGCUGGAGCCUGAGGGGCAGCGGCGGCGGCGCUCCAAGAGCAUCUCCCUGAAGAAGGCCAAGAAGAAGCCCUCGCCACCCACACGCAGCGUCUCUUUGAUCAAAGAGGGGCAUGACAGUGACAUGGGGCUCACUGCAGCACUGCCCAAGGACCAGCGGCCCAAGAGUCUGAGCAUCCCACCAGAGCUCCAGGGUCACCGGCUGGUGCAUGCCAACCCCCAGGGGAGUGCAGGCAGGGAGCCCAACAGCACAGCUGCCCCCCAGCAGUGGCAUCUCACGGACUGGAGGGCCAGCAGUGAUCCCUACCAGUCCCUCUCUGGCUCAAGCACAACCACAGGGACCACGGCCAUUGAGUGUGCCAAGACACGGGGCAGCUCUGAGUCCCUCGUGUCCCCUUCAGUCUCCAGGGCCACGACGCCCUCCCAGCUCUCUGCUGAGGUAGACGUCAAGACCUCCUCACCAGGCAGGCCCACAGGGCUGAUGUCCCCAUCCAGCGGGUACUCCAGUCAGUCAGAGACCCCAACCCCCACUGUACCCACCUCCACCAUCCUCGGGCACUCCCCGCACCAGGUGCGUGUGAGGCCCCUGGUCCCUGAGAGAAAAUCCUCUCUGCCCCCCACAUCCCCCAUGGAGAGGAGCCCCAGGGGCAGGCUGUCCUUCGACCUCCCACUGACUCCACCCGCCCACCUCGACCUCUCAGGGCUGAAGAUCUCCCUGAAGGGGAAGACGAAGGUCAGCCGGCACCACUCUGACUCCACCUUUGGCACCAAGCUGGCCCAGAAGACCAGUCUCAUCACACCCAUCAUGCCUGUGGUGACACAGUCGGACUUGCGCUCCGUUCGCCUCCGCUCCAUCAGCCGCUCAGAGCCAGAGGACAAUGCUGAUGGCCCAGAACACAUGGAGGAGCCAGCCCACGUCUCCUGCCCAGGGCUGGAGAGGAAAGUGAAGCCACCUGUGGCAGAGAAGCCACCACUGGCCAGGCGCCCCCCAUGCACCCUGCCCAAGCCUCCAGUUCUGCGGGAGGAGAGUCCCCUGUCCCCCAAAUCCCCACCAGGCACUGCCAGCAAGGAGAAGGGGCUGGCACAGGAUGCUGUCGUGGUGCUGAGGAGAGGGGAGCUGGGGAGGGGUUUGGGGGAGCCCCACUUGUCCCUGACCCCAGUGGGGCCCCGGCGGCUCUCACAGGGCAGCCUGGAUGAGCUGCAGCCAGAGCGGAGCGGUGCCAAGGGGGAGCGCAGGAAGGCCAAGGUGCCGCCACCAGUGCCCAAAAAGCCCAGCGUGCUGCACCUGCCACCCAUGCCAGCCUUGGCACAGCAGGGAGCUGGUGUGGGGGACCUGCCACCCACCCCCAGCCCUAUCAUCACGCUGGACACUGACCCCACCUGCUGCAACCCUGACGCUGAGGAUCCACCAUCCCCCAAGGCUGUGGGCACCACAGGCUGGCAGGCUGCCAGCGAGCCUGCCAGUGAACCUGCCCCUGAGCAAGGCAGCUCAGCAGAAGCUGGCAUGGAGGAGAAGAGCUUUGCCAGCGACAAGACGGCCGAGUCCAUCGUGGAGGAGGAUGAUGAGGUGUUCACAAUGUCCCGCACCACGGAGGAUCUCUUCACAGUGAUCCACAGGUCGAAGAGGAAGGUCUUGGGGCGGAAAGAGCCUGGUGACACCUUCAGCAGCCGACCCACCUCCCACUCACCUGUAAAGACUUCAGGCUCCCCAACUAGCGAAUCCCUGGCAGCAGCGGGCAGCAGCGGGAAGUCUUCCAGCAGGAAUGAGGAUUUUAAAGCCCUGCUCCAGAAGAAGAGCAGCAAAACCAGCCCUGGUACUCGGCCAUCUGCUGCUGAACUGCUCAAGACCACAAACCCACUGGCCCGGAGGGUCAUCACAGAGUUUGCCCCUGAGCUGGACAGUGCAAACAGUCCCAAAAGCCAGCCCUGACCACACAGGGGUCCCUCCAGCUGGAGGGGUGGCGAUGGCUGCAGAGGGAGCGCUGCUGCAAAGGGCUGUCCUGGCUGCUGGGGAGCUCCUGUAUCCUGCUGGCAGGUUCUUAGGCUUUUUUUCCUUAUUUUGAGAGCUGCUGGCAAGAGACAGUGGCUGGAACCCAAGCCCUCAUGACUCUGGGCCCUUCCCUCGAGGGAAGCAGCUGGAAUUGGCCCUGGCUGAGCCAGCUCCUGGGAUUGAAAGCUCCUGCCCAGGAAGCAGACCAGGAUCACAGCCCCCAGUGUUGCCCCAUGCCUGCAGCGAAGCAGCGUGAGACUCUUUGGUCCCUUCGGCAUGUGGUACUUUAAACAGCUUUUCUAAUGCACAGUGGUGGUGAUGUUUGAUUCUCUUCCCUUUGACAUUGUACCUUGAGUUUCCCAUGCAGAGAUACCCUGGCUGAAUUCAGCAGGACACACAGAUGCACUUUGGGAAGACACCAGGGGUUCGGCUGGAUCUGCGGUUGCUUUCGAAGAGUCACAGGAGGAGGUUCCCUGUCAUUGCCCUGAGCAUCCUCCCUGUCACAGGGAACUGGCACCCGGCGUCCGCAGCCAGCACCACCACCUCAGGCCAAACCCCUACCCCUUGAAAGCCCCCAAAAUGCUGCAUUUUGGAGCUCCUCAGCUCUCAGUCCAAAAACAAACCCCCAUGGUUGCCUCCAGUGCCAGACCCCUGGCCUCACUGCACAGGGGUCCAGCAGCCACCCCACUCCCUGCCAGCCCCCGCGCCAGGGGUCCUGCACCCAGCUGCUGGCUGGGGCGAUGGGGGUGCUGUGCCAUGGGAAGGAAGCUCGUCCCCAGCUCUGCCUCCUGCAUCUCCCCGCCAGACUCUGCGACAACUUCCUCUGCUGCCCUAGCCACCAGAGGUCCUGGGAUGGUACCGAGAUGGUGGCUGGAAUCCAGAUGGACAUCAGCUGAGCCACCUCCCUGGUGACUCCUGGAUCCCCUCAGGGUUUCCCACCACUCACCCAUGCCCACUUGCCACCAGGGACCUGAGCAAGGCAAAGAGGGACACAUGCCAUCAGGGCAUGUGCACAGGGCCAUGGAGGAGGGUUUGCAUGUCCUUGGGUGGGAUUUACCCUCCUCACCCCCUCUUGCCCUUCCUGGCCUGGCUCCAGCAUGGGGGCCCAGCAGCCAGUAACAGAGCCAUGGUGUGGGGAGGAAACAAGCUCUGAGCACAAGCACGGCCAUGCGCCCAGAGAAACAGGAAGAGCCAGCCAUGGCUGACAAAGAAACAGUGUUAAGGGCAAUUUCUGCUUGAUUUCUUAAUGUAUUUCCAACACACUCCAGCCCUCCUGUGCUAGUGGGAAGUGGUGCAGUGGGUCCAGGCAGCAGCAGGGCACCACAGUGGUGCUUCAGUGUCCCUCCAAGGGGCCUGGGCUGCUCUGGAGGUCUCUGCCCCACCAGGAGGUCUACAUCCCCGGGCAGCACAGCCCAGGCAAACACUUCCCCAUCCUUAUCCCCACCCUGGAUCUGAUCCCACUGAGGCUCCAGUUGGUUCCCCUCUCUUCUGUCCUGGUACUCACCCAUCUCUCCUUUUCCUCUCCCAGGGCUGCAGAUUUAAGCCUGUAAUUAAGAGCCAGGCUGAGAAACUCAGGAAAAAAAAAAAAAUAAAAAGAAAAAAAAGGAAAAAAAAGCCCCCACAAAAAAAGCUCUAAUGAAUGUCCACAUUUCACCCCCAUCCCAUGGCCCCAGCCAGUGGCAAGGUGCUGGCGCAGGAUGGGGCCAGGGUACAGCUUGGGAAGCUCUGGGGACGGGUACAUUUUGCACAUGACUGCUCAGGAAACCAGGGACAGAGCCGGCAAAAGGGGCUAGGAACAAGCACAGGUCAGGGACCCCCCUGCAACACCCCCAGCACCACUGGCAGCUGGAGCUGCAGGGGAGAAAUGUUCAAGAGGGUCAGAUGGACAGAAAUUGGCCAUGGAAUAGAGAUCGGCUGUGCGAUGGAGAUUGGCCAUGGGAUGGAGAUCCUAAUUUCCCUGGCUGAAGGAACAUGCUCUUCGUGGGGCUCCUCCUGGCUGAAUGCUCGUCCCUGGCCACUCGCUCCCUGCUCCCUCUGGCUGCGGCUGUUCCGCUGGAAGGCAGAAGGCAGUGGGGUCCCGGGAAGAGCCUGGCCAGCAGAACAUCCCUGCCCUGGGGUGGGGGCCGCCAAGGUGCCAACUAUGGAAUGUUGUACUUUUUAUCUCGCCAGCUUGGUAAAGUGCUCCCUGCUGCC